UGUAUUUAACUAUGUCACGGUUAUGUUGACGUAAAUUUUGCCUAUGCGUUGACAGCAGUUGCCAAUGUGAGAACCGCUACAGACUACAAGCAUGGCUUCAUUGACAUGUAAACUAGCUGGCUUGAUGAAGUCCUGACUGUCAACGAGGUACAAAGUGGGUUUUUUUGUUUUUACAGAUGUGGAGUAGAAUACUGAGUCCUUGUCUAAUUAGUGGAAGUUUUCAUUGGAGGAGUCUCUUUACCAUGCAGCUGAAAAGCAGUGAGUUUCAGUCUCUGUUCAACGAUGGACUCAAUGGGUUAGCAGAGGUGUUUGAGAAGCAUCAGUAUGAGCUCAGAAUCGCUGGAGGUGCUGUACGGGACCUGCUGUCUGGAAAGCGACCUGAAGAUGUGGACUUUGCCACCACAGCCACUCCAGAGGAGAUGAAGCAAAUGUUCCAAAGGGCUGGGAUAAGGAUGAUCAAUAAUAAAGGGGAGAAGCAUGGGACCAUUACAGCAAGAUUACAUAAUGAGAACUUUGAGGUGACCACAUUGAGGGUGGAUGUUCAGACGGAUGGGCGUCAUGCAGAAGUGGAAUUCACCACAGACUGGCAGAAGGAUGCUGAGCGGAGAGACCUCACUAUUAAUUCCAUGUUUUUAGGUCUUGAUGGCACAUUAUAUGACUAUUUUAAAGGGUAUGAAGAUCUCCAGAACCGUAAAGUGCGCUUUGUUGGCAGUGCUAAACAAAGAAUCCAGGAGGACUACCUGAGAAUACUGCGCUAUUUCAGAUUCUAUGGAAGAGUAGCUGUGGAUCCUGAUAACCAUGAGCCAGAAACACUAAAUGCCAUCAGGGAAAAUGGCCGUGGAUUGGCAGGCAUAUCUGGAGAAAGAAUUUGGGUGGAACUAAAGAAAAUGGUGGUUGGAAACCAUGUUGCUCAUCUUUUGGAGCUGAUAUACAGCCUAGAACUGGCUCAGUAUUUGGGUUUACCUCCAGAUGGCAAUGUUGAGGAGAUGAAGCGAGUGUGUCAGAAUGCCAAAGACCACUCUCCCAAACCCAUGACUAUCCUGGCCUCUCUCUUCCACAGCCCAGAGGAGGUCGAGAAGAUGGACCUCAGACUGAAGGUGUCCAAAGAGGAGAAGACUCUGGCUCUGUUUCUGGUCAAACACAGACAGGAGCUCUGCAAGAAUGAAGACGAGCCAGAGGGCCUCAAACCCUUCACUGACUACAUAAUUGAUAGUCGGGAGCUGGAUUCAAAGACUAAGGUGUGUGAGCUUCUGAAGUACCAAGGUGAGGAGAGGCUCCUGGCACACCUGUGCAGGUGGUCCAUCCCUCACUUCCCUGUCAGUGGUCAUGAUCUAAGGAGGAUUGGUGUCACAUCGGGCAAGGAGAUAGGUGUCACUCUACAGAAGCUCCGCGACAUCUGGAAGAAAAGUCAUUAUCAGAUGGACAAAGAUGAACUCCUAAGCUACGUGAAGGUGUAAAGAAGACAAAGAACAAAGUUUGUGUUCUUGAAAAAGAAACCUGACACUAUAAAUAGAUUUUUUUCAUGAGAGCUGUCGCAGAAGAAAAACUUAAAAUCUGAGGCAUGCAAGAAUGCAGUUUAAUUCUAAAUUUAUGCUGUUUUUUUUGCAUUGGUCAUUAUUUAAAUUUGAAGACAUGAGAAACACAAUUUGAGGAGUGUCACAGCUGUCACCACAUGAAGAAAAUAGUGAACAAAGCAGCUGAUGUUACAAUAAUAUAUUGAUAAUUGUGUAAAUGUUUCAAAGUAGGUGAAACACAAGGGAUGAAAGCUAAGAUAAAAAGUGAGGUGAAAUGUGAGUGCACUCACUUUUUAAAGGAGUUCUACUUAUUUAAACUGCAUUGGAAAGCUGAACCUUGCUUUUCAGUUUAAAGGCACUCACUGGUGUGUAUCAUUUUUCAGUUAUUCCUGCAGAAAAAAAAUCUAUA